UCCGUGAUCUUCUUCAUCCCGAUCGUUUGGAGGAAUCUGUUACUUUUAAGUGACUGAAUAAAUUUUCGGGGGCGAUUCUAGUGUGGCGAAGGGGUGUCGUCAGGUGGGUCAAAAGGUCGCGCAGACCACGUCCCGCGGAGCAGGGGUGGACUAGCGGGUUAAAAAGCGCGGGGGGUGCGGGAGGAGCGUGCGGUCGAUCCGCAUCCUCCGCACUGCGUUGUGCGCGUGCGCCGUCCCCGAGAGGAGCCGAGCGGAGGAGAGCCAGAGCUCUCUGUCGUCGGGCAGAACGAAGAGAACGAGGACCUCACCCGUCGGGGGUAAAACGACCCGGGGUAACGCGAUCGCUAUCUCUUCCCAUGGAUCCGCGAGGCCAGGAGAGACGAGGGGGCCCCUAAGAGAGGGCCGCCGCGACCGGGAGGGGCAUGCGCCCUCCGCUCCCAGGGCCCCGCCAGCUUCGACCCCCAUCCACCAAGAUGGCGGGCCACCUUCUUCUCCAUCCCGGAGCAUGAUCGCCUCUCGGCUCUGCACCAGACCCGCGGAGGCGGUCGCGCGGGUGGGGGGCCCCCCCGGCGGCCGCCGCUAGCCGGGGCCCCCGCCUGCUAUGUGGACGGGUGCCCCGAUCCGGACUACGCUCCCCGCUCCCCUGCCCCUAGUUCCUAUUCCGAUGAACUAUGAGAUUUGAGCAUGGGAGUCAUCGCACCGAGUGUCUCGCUGCUCUGAUCGUGCUACUGCUGCUGCUCUGCUGCUGCUGUUGCUCCGCCGAAGUUCCGCCGCCCUUUGGGACCUUCCGCCAGUGCCUUCACCUGGACGAGGACGUGGGGCCCUGGGAGGCGUGCGGGGCCCAGGGACGAAGCGUGCGCCUCCGCUUCUGCGACGCCUACGAGCCGGCCCGCCUGGUGCGAGCCUGCGACGCCGGGGCCCUGGCCCGGCUUCGAGAGAGCGACGGGAGGGCGCGCGAGGCGGCCUGUCGCUUCCGAAGACUGCUCGACAGGUACGACUGCGAGAACGCCAACUCGGUCUGGACCUGCAAAGACUGUGAAGAGGCCUACAAGCAGUGGGUGUGCGCCAUGUACCUGCCGCCACUGCAGGUGGAAGAUGAAGGGGUGAAACCCUGCCGAUACAUCUGCCGCCUGGUGGAACAAAGAUGUCCUUAUUUCCACCCCAGCGUCAAGGAUCAGUACGCGGGUGAACGGGUAUUCAAGUGCAUAGACCCGGAUAUUCCGGAUCUGGACAGCAUUCAGGACGUGUCGUCGUACGGUCCACCCCACCGCUGCUACUGUCCGCAACACGUGGGCUCUGAUGUGGACUCUGGCGAGGAGGAGUGUCGCCUCCUCACCCCUGCCCAGUUGCGGCGGACUGCCUCCAGGAGGGGCCAGCACAGGUCCGGGGUCGGACCGGGAAGGCCAGCGCUGGCCACGCUGCUUCUGACUGCCGCGGUUGCGUGGUGGACGAGGACCAGGUAGCAUUCCAGACAUCGAAACCAACAGAUUGAGCCGACCGUCCGUCUGUCCACGGCACCCUCCUCACACAGCAACGAUUACUGAGCCUUACAGGGCCUUCUCGGAGAGUGGAGCAGCGACAAAGCGACGUGCCCUACACUUGACAGCAAAUCUUUCAAUUUAACAUUCUUCAAGACAUGUGUUGGUUUCGCUGCCGCGGAGCAGCAAGGUUGCAGGAUCUGUGGAAGAGCAGACGGACGGACAGCUACUCGCUGUACAUAGUCCGUGGACCUGUACAUAUACAGAGGAAAGAGAUAUAUAUCUAUACAUAAAUAUAUCUAUACACACGAUCGACUGUGUUGUUCGUAUCGUUUAGAAACAAAAGUGUGCUUAGGAGCCCGGACCGUAACUCUAAACAAUCGCCAUUCCAUUACUGAAUAUAAAAGAGAAAAUAUAUAUAUAGGUUCGUUUUCACAAAGUAAUAAAUACCGCAUUCGAAUCGAGUGUUUGAAACAACGAUUGCCAUGACUGUCCAAAUAUGUGAUUGCUCAACCGGCGUCUAUACCUUGCGCGUGAGAUCCUAAAAUAAAAUAUUAAAAAAUAUAUAAUAAUAAAUAAAUAUUACAAAUGAGUAAAAGUGGCAAUAUAUAUAAAUAAAUAUAUAUAUAUAUUAUAUAUAUUCCAUCAAGGGUGACUUGUUUCCAAUUGAUGGUUUUCUUUUUGUUGCUGGUGUCGACGAACUUCAUCUCCGGGGGUCGAUUCCACCAAAAACCGCAGUUCAAGAAAAAUAUUAUCUCUUCUGCGAGACGUGGUUCAGACAUUCCUCGCAAUACAUAUAUGCAAUAUGCAAAAUAACGUAUAUGUAAUACAUAAAAAUACAUAUAUGCAAAAGCAGGUGCGUAUUGAAUCUGUGCAGUAAAAUCUCCUCACAACGAGCUGUGUCCACUGUAUUUUGUUGUUGUGGAUGUGGUGUGAAAAUAAAAAAUAUAUAAUAAAAAAAUCGCCAAGAGACACAGACGAACCGUUUGUGGGAUCACAGGCAUAUUUCUCUCCUCUCUCUAGUACAAGAUGAUCAAAGGUGAUGGUUCCUGAAUAUUCGUUGUUGUGGCGACCUUUUACUGCGAAGAAUCCACCUGAACAAGUCGGCCUUCGAAACUGCGGUUCGGUGGUUAAAGCCGUUGGAGUGAAACUAAGCACUCUCCUGUUGAACCGCAUAAAAAAGAAAAAAGUUAUUUUCUUACAGGUGACGAACCAAAGGCGGUGUCCAUCGUUGGCAAAAGAAACAAAUCCAAGAUGUCUCAACUCGUAGCCUUUUCAUACCUCGGUUUGGCGACGGAUCGGUUUGGGCCCAUUGUUCUAGCUGCGCGUAGAGACUUUUGCGUCCAGUCUCUUGUACCAUAUAUGGCAUUUGUAUGACUUUUAUAUAAUCCAUGCAGAUGAAAUUCUACGGCGUAGACAUCCUUCCCCUGUACAGCCCUUCAUCUGUAAUCAUCCUUCUGUCGAGAUGCAUUAAAGAGGACGA